CAGCGGUGAAGUACGACGACGAAUAGCAAUAGAUGGCGCAGCAAUCUGGGUGUGGGAUGGAGAUGGAGAGGGAGAGGGAGCUACAACGGGGAGCAGUUCCACUAGAGGAUAUGCUCUGCUAUAAUGAAGACGACCUCUUGCUUGCAGAGGAUACUGAAGGUGAGCAGGAUGAUGAUUUUGACAUGUCCUGCUACUUUACAAACCUCUGCGCUGUGUGGGAGAGCUGGGAUUUCGAAAGUGAGACGAGCUGUGAUGUUGCUGUGUGUGAGAGUGACGAGCAUGAGGGGGUGGCGGGAGAGAGGUGGGUUAACUUGAUGGCACUCUCCUAUCCGGUAGAGGAUGAGGGUGCCCCAGGUGAUGGAGAGAGGGAUUACGCCACUGAUGAUGCAGGCGAGUGGGAGGUUGAUGAUGAGAGGGAAGUUGGCGAUGGUAACGCAGGUGAGUGGGAAGGGGAGUGGGGGUUAUUGGCAUCGGUGGAAACGGCGGCAACAGCAGCCGCGGCGGCAACGGCAAAAGCAAGAGUGAAUACAGCAAUAGUAAAAACAACAAUAUCAACAUCAACAAUACUGGAGGUGGAACAGGGGUGUAGGGCAGAGGUGGUGGCUGUGGAAGAUGACAGGCAAGGAAGGGGUGGGAUUGACGAGAAGGGUGGGAUGGGUGAUGACGACAGGCAAGGAAUGGGUGGGAUUGACAAGAAGGGUGGGAUGGGUGACAAUAACAACGACAACAAGAACAAUAACGGCGGCGAAGCGAUUGCAGUAAUGACACCGACAACAACAACAACAACUAUAACAACAACAACAUCAGCAACAACAAAGACAAUAACUCCCGGUGCUGACGUCGACCCUCACCCUCAGCAUGGUACUGACGAGAGGGAGUAUGCCCUUGUGGAGGUGGGCAAUGGGUCAGACACUGAUGAGGGUAGAGUUGACAAUGUGAGACUGACACGUUCGAGAUCACUUAGGGUCCCGCACGUGUUUCAGACCUUACAACCGGGAGACGAAAGACGGCUUCGUGCCGAAAAUAGAGCCCGUGCUCUCGCAGCAGCCAGGGAAACAGCACUAGCUGCAAGUCAGGCGUUGGCAGCAGCAAACGCAGCAGCUAGAGAACAGGCAGCAGCAGCCAGAGCAGCAGCAAUGGCUAACGGCGCAGCCUCUGCUGCGUCCUCGUCUGGGACCCAGUUGGGAAUGCCCUCUGGGCCCGUGGGUACUUCCGGGUCAGUAGGUUCUAGUCAGUCCACAAGUCAAAUGGCGGACUCGCAGUUAAGCCCGUUGACCCCACGCGGUAGGGAGCUCCUAGAGCUCCAACAGGUCGAAAGGAUCCGCGAGCGGUUAGAGAGAGAAAAAGAGAUCAAAAAUAGAACAGCCAGGCUUGAUACGUUAGAGGCAGACAAAGCUGCAUUAGAGGGUUUGGAUGAGUCAGCCAUGUCUGACCAAAUGAAAGUAUUGAAGAACAGUGUACUGUCGCUGCAUGCGCAUGUGGACAGCAGACUGGACUUCAUGCAGAACUCUUUGGACCAGAUCUUGGACCUUAUGCAAAGGCCAGGAUUUAGGCCAGCAGCGCAGUCGCCGUUGCCGUUAACGGCGAUGUCAGGCCCCUUUCCGGUGCAAGCUGGCACACAGCCAAGUGGUACGUCUGCAGCAGCCGCACAGACUGUUGCUUCUUCUUCUUCUGGUCCAGCGGCAGGUGCUACUCCACAGCCACAACAAACUGUUCCACCACAGGGACAGCAGCAAGGUCAUUGGUACCCAAAGACCCCUAUGAAACCGCCCCUUGCCUUCUCUGGAGAGAAGAAGGACGAGGAACUGAACACUUGGUUGAGAACAGUUCCAGUGUGGGUAAGGGCAAAGAGGACUUUGCAGGAGGAGGAGGUGAUUACUGCUGCAUCUUACCUUGAGGGUAAGGCAGCCAAAUGGCUAGAUGGAUUAGUAGCGAAGGCCGGGUUCGGACGAUGUAUGGCGGACUGGGCUAAGACCCUAACGUUAGAGGAGUUCUUAGACAUGGUAGAAGCUCGCUGGCAUAAUCCACAGGAGGCACAAAUUGCCACUGAUGCGAUGCUCAGACUAGACCAAAGAAAGUUUAAGUCAGUCAGAGAGCUAACGUCUACCAUAGAGAGCCUUAUUGUCGUGCCAGGCAUACGCUACGAUGACCAAGUCUUAUUGACCAUGUUCGUGAGAUGUCUGCCCGAUAAUCUCAGGAACUUGCUGGCCAGUGAGGCUCGCCUCGAGUAUCAUUCGUUUGAGACCUUAUCUAGAAAAGCCUUAGACUUAGAGGCUACUCUAGGAAGUGCUCAGCCUACUCAGGUAGACACGAGGAAGAAGAAGAGUCCACAGGAGUGGAAGAAGAAGGGGAGUCGAUUGAUGAUGGUUGAGUCUGAUGGGACUCAAACUGAGAUCGAAGAGUUUUCAGGCCUGUUGGACCCUACAGAGUACGGCGGCGAGGAGACCGCUGAGGGUAGCACCUUCGCCGCAGUUGUAAAGACUAAGGCAGGUGGCCGAGGGAAGGGCCAUCAAAAGAGUCAAGGGCAGGCCGCCUCCAAUCAAGCCAAGGUUGCUGAUUGGGUCAAGGCAGGCCUUGAUCAAGAAGUGUGGCGGGACCGUAGAGUGCGUGGUGCUUGCAUUAACUGUGGUGAAUACGGACACACCCAGUACAAGUGCAAGAACGCAAAGGUCACGCAGAAGAUACCUCCUAAGAAGCCUUUCAUUGUAACCACUGACGCAAGCCAAUACGGCAUUGGCGCAGUGUUGGCUCAGCAGGAUGGGAAGAAGUUGAGACCGAUUGAGUACAUGAGCAAGAAAAUGCCAUCAAAGAAAUUGGCAAAGUCCACCUACGAAAGGGAACUCUAUGCUCUCUACAAGGCACUUGUCCAUUCGAGGCACUUUCUGUUGGGACAAUUCUUCUAUUUGAGAACUGACCAUCAGACCCUUAAAUGGAUCAAGACUCAACCGGCUCUUUCUGAUGCACUCAAGCGAUGGAUUGAGGUCAUCGAUCAGUAUGAUUUCAAGCUAGAGUAUCUGAAGGGAGAGUACAACAAGGUUGCAGAUGCGCUGUCACGUAGAGCAGACUAUCUAGGGGCGCUAGUUUAUGAGUUUGGUGUAUCUGAGGAACUAAAUCGCUGGUGGGAGCCUAUCAGGAAGACCCUGUCACGAUGGACAUCAUACGCAAACUUCAGGCAAAAGACAAGGCCACAGAAGAUGAGUUUGUGAUGGUGGACGGACUUCUCUUUCUUGAUAAGGCCGGAUUUAAAAGGUUAGUUGUUCCAUCUAGUGAACGUUUGCGUAGUUUAUUCUUAGGAGAAUGUCAUGACGCAACCGGACAUUUUGGCUACAAAAAGACGAGUGUCAAUCUAGUACAACGAUUUUGGUGGCCCAGAAUGCUAGAAGAUGCAAAGAAGUAUGUGGAGACCUGUCAGGUCUGUUAGCGGGACAAGCCGCGAACUCAAGCACCGCUUGGGUUGUUGAAACCCUUACCUAUCCCCGCUGGUCCGGGACAGAGUGUUUCCAUAGACUUCAUGGACACCCUGGUGACCAGUAGGAAUGGCAAGAGGCACAUCUUUGUCAUCAUAGACCAAUUCACCAAGUACGCUAGACUAAUUGCCAUGCCAGAGACCGCAAGGACUGAACACAUCAUCAAGUUGUUUUUGGACAACUGGGUGCGUGAUUUUGGACUACCAAAAUCAAUCGUUAGUGACAGA